AUUGACCCUUUUCACAGGAAUAUUACGUGAGUGCAUGUCUGACCAGUGUCUAAACGGCGGAAUAGGCUUGAACGUAUGUCGACUAUUGCUGCUUCACAGGAGAGCACUCGGCUACCCUUCUCCUCGCGGGGAGUUCAUUUGGCUUGCAUUACCAUUAGGCCGCCAAGCGUAAGCGAGGCUCAUUGCGGAAGCCAAUACCUUAUACAAUGCACCCCUUUCGAGGCAGAGCGCCAGAGCAGCACGAUACGAAGGAGACACCAUAGGAAAGCAAGCCGGCGGUCAGCAGCCAGCAAGUCAGAAGAAAGCCCAUGAAAUAAAAGGGCCGUUACAGCGAACAUAGCGGUGGCCCCUACGAAAAAGAUGUUAUGGUUGUUUCCUCCGCAGGACACAGAUCUGCGUUGAUCAUCCUGAACGCAGAAGAAGGAUGCCAGGCCGUCCAGCACUGGCCAUCUGUAACCGCUAGUACAGAAAAUCGGUUUUUUGCGAGUCUGUAUCAAACCAACGUAACACAGUAAAAGCUAUGAUGAUAGAUCCGUGUUCUUUUAGGACCAUAGAGGUUUCGGAUUUCGUAAAAUUUCAUAGUUCCACGUAAUUGUCACUUUUACGCUGAAUUCAAACCUCUGGAUAAAAACAAUUUUUUUUUAAGGAUGGACGUGAAAGUGGCUAAAGAGAAUAAGACCGUUUUUUCUGUAUGUAUAGCUCAACUUUGUGAUAAGCAAAAAAAAAUCAGCAGAUUCAGCCUUCUAGUCGCCGAGAAAGCUUUCAGUGCUUCGCUAACUGCCGGUUCCACGGUGGAACGAACUGGAAGCUACUCAACCCUUGCCAAGGUUACCUGUACAUCCAGCAUUUUGAGAGGUUCGUGUCGCGGUUAACGAAAUUCUAUUCGCAAUAAAAGAGAACUUUAAACAGAUUGGAUAUACAAGCUUCCAAUGACGGUAAGAGGUUAUCAUCAUAGGAUACUAUUCAAUGAAAGUGACCCGGAUAUGUGCACAACAGUUGAAAACAUACCGGUGGUGUUAACCGAAAACGGAUUGUCAACUCGGCGACCAUUUGCAGAUUAUCUUGAACUAAUUUCCUUCUUCUGUCAGGCAACGGUUGACUUGAUUAGACAUCAGAUAUUUUUCAUACAUACGAUAUAAUUAUAGAUCGAGACAACAAGAUUCCUUGGUCAGCAAUGGACAAAGUUUUGGAUCUCAUAUGAGUCUAAAGCCCAACCAAAACAAACCCAUGCUUUACGCACUCUCAAGUAACUGAUGUCGAAAAAAAAUCCUUGCGUAGCAAGUACAUAUGAUUAAUCAAAAGAACAACUGUCAAGACAAAUAGAAUAAAGAUGGACGAAAAUCUCAGCCGGAGAUAUGUGCAACUAAAUCAAAGUGGUCAACGCAGCAGCUCGGAACGGGACCACGAUGCACCACGGGACAGUUACCAGCUCGUUUACCUCGGCCUCCUGCUGGCUGGCAUCGGCUUUCUUCUUCCGUACAACUCGUUCAUCAUUGCGUGUGACUACUUUAAGGCAAAAUAUCCUUUAUCGAACAUCGUCUUCGACAUGUCUCUCGUCUACAUCCUCGUAGCAUUUGGUACAGUGUGCGUGAAUAAUGCUUUAGUCGAAACCUUGGCUUUUUCUCGCCGAAUCGCCUUCGGCUAUCUGGUGUCCUUUUUGACACUAUUUUUCGUCCUUGUUUUCGAAGUGAUAUGGGACGUCUUCUCGAAGGAUAUAAGCUAUACUGUUAAUCUUGUCGCUGUGGCCAUCGUUGCUUUUGGAUGCACAGUACAACAGUCGAGUUUCUACGGCUACACCAGCAUGUUGCCAGCUCGAUACACUCAGGCAGUAAUGACAGGCGAAAGUGCGGCCGGCCUGUUAGUGUCGGGAAAUCGUAUCCUGACCAAGUUUCUCCUUCAGAACGAACGCCUCAAUACGGCGUUAUUCUUUCUCAUUUCAACAGGACUAGUUCUUGCCUGCGUCUUCAUCUAUUCGCGUUUGCAGAAUUGUGCCUUUGUUGCGUACUAUCUGCAACAGUGUUCGCGUCAUGGGCAUGAACGGGGCUCCUUAACAGGACAGAACCACGGUUGUUUAUCCGCUUUUUCCGGCAGCGAUGCCGAAAGUGACCAUCUCCAAGGGAGUGUUCGUAGCGAACUGCUCAGGCAGGAUUCCGAGGAUGUCAACCUGGUUGACACGCUGGACGAGGGAGUCAUCGGAGUAGCGGGUAGCUCGUCCCGUGGAGGCAACGCUGGCGGACAUGGCGUCCUGUCGUUUCGUUCCCCGCCGGCUUCGCCAGCUGGUGCCUUGGAAACAAUGACUGGUACCGACGCUGAAUUGCAACAAUGUUUCGGAUAUCCCGACUCGCUGAUAGAUCAGUCUGAUCCACAACAGAUCGAAGAGGAGUUGGCAAACUAUGGUUUAGCGGCGAAUCAGAUUCGCUGGCUAUCUAACAAUGCUCUUUCACUAGAGGAAGGAAGGCAUCGUUUUAAGGUGCAGGAUGUCGUGGUCAAAAUUCGAGGAACGGCGUCCACGAAACCUCGGCAGUAUUGGGCGGGUAUAAAAAGAGGCGCAGUGGCCCGAAGAGCUGUGGCUAAGUCGAUCUGGCCUUAUAUGCUGAGCAUUUCCCUCGCAUAUUGCGUCACACUUUGCUUAUUUCCCGGUAUAAUAAGCGAGAUAAUUUCUUGCCGAUUGCAUUCAUGGAUGCCCGUGAUUCUAAUGCAGAUCUUUAACGCCGCAGACUUUCUUGGAAAGAUGUUGGCAUCGCUUGUCUAUUCCCUAGAGAAAAGCGCUCUUGUGUAUCUCUCAUUGGCCAGAGUCGUGCUAGUGCCCCUGUUAGCUCUAUGUGCCUUGCCCGGACCGCGGACUUCAGCUCUUGACGACGUCUGGGCGAUGUUCUUAUCGCUGGCACUGGGACUAAGCAACGGGGUUCUUGGUAGCGUGCCGAUGAUCGUUGCACCAAGCAAAGUACCUCACCACCACAAGGAGCUUACCGGUAACAUGAUGACACUAAGUUACAGUGUGGGACUAACAACGGGCUCUCUCAUUGCCUACCUUAUCCAGCACUGGCUUGACUCACAGAAUCAGGGCUUCUAUCGAGGUUCAUGUGAUGAUACCAAAGCGAACCAUACCAUGUUGACUCAUGCAACUAUGGCAACCGCCCUUUCUGCGACAUUACUCCCAGUAGCUACAAAUAUUUUUCCUACAUUUCUGCCGAAGUUCAGCUCCACGACAACAAUUCCCUCUGCAGUAAAUUCCCCUACAGCGAAGAUCAUUGCUACCACAGUGAUGAAUAUAUUGCAGAAUUCGACUAGUAGCCCUACAACAGCGACGGCAACAGCGACAUCAGCAGUCAUAACAACAACGCAACGUGAAUUUAUAAAGUCCACCGGUACACGAAUUACAACUCAGUUUAUAGGAGCUACGGUUGCGACUAAUUACCUCAAUAAAUCGAUAGCCAGGGUCGCCGAUAUUGCCGCUAACAUGACGGACGCCAACAUGACUACAACAACUGCACCUGAAACACUUUACAAUACACUACUUUAAAAAGGAUAAAUGAUUCAACAAUAAUGUUUGGGUACCGCUUGUUAUAUUAACACACAGGUCUGGAUCGAUCUAUCUACCUUGUAUCUUGUGUUUUGAUAGCUGCAUUAUUAUUAACAUUAUGGUUAUUAUUCAAAAAAUAUUUCUGUGACUAUUAUUACCAAGACUAUUACUAGCGAAACACUGACUUAGCCAGCUAUGGGCCUAGACUAGAAGGUAACAAAUCAACGAGUUUUAAAAACUUUCAGCUAGGAUGCAGCAAUAGUAAAACUAUGUACAGUAAGUUGGAAAACAUAUUUAAAUGUAAAUAUUCAAAAAAAACUAUACAGCCACAAGCUCGCACAACUAAGUCGCCGUUCAAAGAUCAUCUAUCUGUUUGAUAGGAAAAGGAAAAUGUCAUAUCUAUUUAACUGAAUAUGUAUUCAAUACAGAUUAUAUCAAAAAAAAAAAAUAGUAUUCUUUAAUAUCUUUUAAUGUCCAUUAACUAUUUAGUUAGAGAUUCUCAGAUUUUUCAGUUGACUGUUCAUCUAGUCCAAACCUGUUCAACUAAAUAUUUUGUAGGCCGGUAAGAAAAUGUAGCAUAGCAAUAUCCACUGGAACACUCAAUAUGCGAAGACAUGAAAGAAAAUAUUCGGACAGCUUGAAAGUAAUUUGACUUUAGAAAGCACUGCCUCUUACCCAACAUCAAAUUCAAUAGGAAGCUCCUGAUGUCAACUGAAUGAUCAAAUGAUACCUUCCGCGGUUUUUUUUGUAAUUAAAGAACUAAGAACACAUGGAUGAAAACUAUAUAUGUUAACUAUAUGCUGUUAUGAUAUUUUUUCAUACAUGAUUCCCUAUACGGCCAAUAUGCGGCGCCUUGCUUUUUAUAUUUUAUUAUCGCUACUGUACGUGAUAUUUACUUUAUCAGUUGAAAAAGUUCGUUUAGAGAUAAUUAAAAUUUGCCGGUUAGUGGAAUGGAAAUGAAAUAAUUACAAUUAGGCUUUUCGUUACUAUUAAAGAACGCUAGAAACGCUACAAUAAAGCUGUAGAUUAGUACUUAGUAUCCCACGACCUGGACAUAGCAGACUCAUGUGAUUUAUCACGUGCGCCAGCUGUAUUUUGUCUGUUUCGAGAAUGAGCAUGAACAUCUUUAAUAUUUAUUUAUGUUAUGUGAUAACAGAAUCCCAAUAUGAGCUAUGAUGCGCGUUCAAACAGAUUUUAAUACAGUUAAGUUCAAUACAAGACUGCUAUUGUAAUUGAGUUGAAAUCUUUUGUAUUCUAAUAAGUCGUUGUUUGUUGACGUUUGCAAUGUUAGAAACAUAGUACCUCAAUGUAACGCGCAUUAAGUGUAUGCAUUAAGUAUUAUGAGUAAGUGUGGUUGAAGUAUAUGUAGAUAAUAACAGAAGCUAUUGCAGGAUAGGAUCAGCCUAACCUAAAGAACAUGUCAUAAGGUAUAACAUCUCGGUAUGUGCUGCCGCUGCUGGCAUACAAGCAAGUAAACUUUGUAAAUUAACCAGGGAUAACCGACAAAGAAGAAUGAGCGAAGCAGCGAGUAAACCCUAACCUCCAGAAAAUCGAAGUUUGGUCCCAAAUACAUUUUUAUGCGACUUACAAUUAGAAACUCAUUUAAACUGACUUGAUCCGACAAAUAAAUUAGAUAUUUGUCGUAUAGCAAAGUAAAUAUCUCAAUAAGUUGACUUUUCUAAUUUUUUUUAUCAAGGUUAAUACGGGGUCAUGUCAUAAGAGAGCAAAAGUCAAUCAUGCGCAAGAGAUGACGCAAUUGACAGCUUCAAAGCAUACACAGAAAUAGACGCAGCAAAAUACUAAUAGACGUAAUAAACGCCAAUAAAUGCAGCUGUGCGCAGGCUAACUAUCCAUUAUUAUUAUUAUUUACAAAGAUAGAUGCUGAAACUUAAUAUGAAGACUUGAAGAGCAUGUGAUACUUAGUAUAAGCACGUUUUUUCGGUAAUAACACUAAUACGUAACUAACAACGAUACAAAGGUGUACUAAAUGUCACCAGUUGCACUAUAAGUGGACACAAUAAGCAAAAAUGUGUAAUCAGUCAAUUAGAUAUAAAAAUAUACAUACCAUCAGGAUGGUCCUUCAUACCAUCAGUCUCAGAUCUAACUACUUAUUCAUUGACUAAGACAAAUGGCGUAGCGACCAAUCUUUUCAGCUGAGCAAAAGUAAACGGUACGCAAUAUCGCUGCUGUCAUCGUUUUUGUGAAGUAUGUUAUGAUGUAAUCUCGUUGCUGCUAGAGCAAUAAUAAUACUCAUCAUAACCAUUAUACCAAUGCAGUGCUUGCAUACAGACACAUGACGAUUUAUCAAUACGACUAUGUGCUGUUAUGCUAAUUACAUUGAUAAUACUAAUAAAAGAGUUAACGUUGUUGAUGCCUGUCAAGACUCUUGAAAUAAAGGCAAACAAACAAAUAAGCGCAGACAGUUGUUAUUCACCUAAUAUUGUAACUCCACCAAGGAUUCCGUAAAGUAAAAUAAACUAUUUCCCAUAAUCAUGUUAUACAAGUUUUUUUAUUACUUCUUUUCAGCAAAGCACGUCAUACAUUCUGUAUGGUUGUAUUUGGUCAACCUCUUUGUUUUGCCUGUAUACGCUGUCGUCUCGUUUGCUUUUGUUUAAUAGCUCGUUAGCAUCCAAGGACUCGAAUGUAGGUGUCGAUUUUUGGCCCUUGUCGUCAUAAUUAUAACAACUUUAUAGAAUGAUAAAACUGCUAUAUGACUUGAAAUAACCUAAUAUGCAACUUACCUAGUCGUCAAAUACUUUGGUAGCUUUUUGCGGGCCACAAAACUACUCCACUGUAUUCUAUAAAACUAACAGCUUUCCAAAGAAAGGCAAGCCUUAAAACGAAAACAAUAAAAAUGCUUACUUGAAAAUGUCGCUUUAUACUCACUUUUAGAGUUCUUAGAACAUCAUUAUCUAGGCGUUUUAUGUUAGCAUAUCCAUCACGGUCAUGCAUACAGUGUCACGGUGAGGAAUACAUUACAAAACUCGUAACCUCGUAAAAAGUAUUCGCAAGACGCUUUAAGUUGCCUCAAAUUUUCUUAUAUUACGGCUUGAGCUCUUUUGUCCCACAAUGCCCAUUUCUACACCAGUAGUCGACAAAACUCAUUCAUAUAAUUCAUGGGAAUCUCACCUCAUGAAUACCUUCUUCGACGACACAUUUUAAAUAUACAGAGUCUCAUGCAUUAAGAGUGUUUCCAGCAAGGGCUAUUCAAUGAUUCCCUACGAACUAUCCUCUUUUCCUCCUUAACUUCAAAGAAUUUUAGACUAUACAAAUCUCACCCCGAAAUCACACC